AUACACUAUUUUUCUUUUCCGGGUUAAGCGGUAUGUAAGUUUGCAGUCACGUUGUCGGAGACUGAACUGUUUUCAGAAAGUUAAACACAGAAGUUGUGGACGCAGGUGAUGGUGGUAUUGAGACUGAAAGAAGCACAGACAUGAAGAACAGAGUAGUUGGGUUGGACAGUCGGCUCAGACAGAGAGUGGAGCAGUAUAUGGCAUCCAGCAACCGUGAAUAUGUGGACCUUUCAGCCAUGGCCCUCGACCUUCAGAAGUUACACAGAAUGGAGUAUGGCAGAAGAAACAAGACAGCUUUCAGGAUUCAAGUAGAGAAAGUGUAUGAAGCUAUCAUGAAGGAAUCUGGGCUGAAUUAUCUGGAGAGCAAGCACUUGGCUAAGAGAGCCAAGCACAGCCAGAAAGACAAUGGUGAGGGGAGCAGCAGCAGCAGCUCAGGGGAGUCGUCUGACACUGAACAUAUUCAGGAAAACACUCCCAUCAACCACAUGAACAGCUCUGUUACAUCUCUCUAUCGGAAGGGAAACCCUGACUCCAUUACCGGCUCACCCAGGAGAGAUCAGCCUGCUCCAAGCAGUGAUGUCAGCACAGCCACUCCCCCUCCCAGUGCAGGCACUGUGGUCUCCAGAGGAGGCUGGUUCAUUGAUAAAGGGAGGGGCCCCGAGAAAAGCAACAUUCUCAUUGACCUGUGUGAUGAGGAGCCUACAAAUACAGCAACAAAUCAGACAGACGUGUCCAUGCUGGAGCCUGAGAAAUCUCGCAGGAAGUCUAAAAAAAGGACAAAGAGCUCAACUGAAACAGCCGAGCCUCAAACCUUGACCAAAAAAGCUAAAUCCAAGUUACCAGAACUGCAGUAUCCGACUCUGAAGUUUGAGGACGUAGGAGGUAAUGAAGACACAUUAACGGAGGUGUGUAAGCUGAUGAUCAACAUGCGUCACCCAGAGGUGUACCAACAUCUGGGAAUGGUUCCUCCCAGGGGCUUCCUCCUCCAUGGACCUCCCGGCUGUGGAAAGACAUUGCUGGCCCAGGCUGUGGCUGGUGAGCUGCAGCUGCCCCUGCUAAAGGUGUCUGCUCCGGAGCUGGUGUCUGGAGUGUCUGGAGAAUCUGAACAGAAACUCAGAGAGCUGUUUGACUUGGCUGUGAGCUCUGCUCCGUGUAUCCUGUUCAUAGAUGAGAUAGACUCCAUCACCCCUAGGAGAGAGGUGGCCUCUAAAGACAUGGAGAGGAGGAUUGUAGCUCAGCUGCUAACCUGCAUGGACGACUUGAACAGUUUGACCGUGACAGCUCAGAUCCUGGUCAUCGGCGCCACCAACAGGCCAGACUCCCUGGACCCUGCCCUACGCAGAGCUGGACGCUUUGAUAGAGAGAUCUGUAUGGGCAUCCCGGAUGAAGCAGCUCGUCUCAGGAUCUUGAAGACUUUGUGUCGAAAGCUGAAGCUGCCGGAGGACUUUGACUACCAGCAGCUGGCCCAUCUCACCCCUGGCUAUGUGGGGGCUGACCUCAUGGCUCUGUGCCGCGAAGCUGCCAUGACUGCUGUAAACAGGGCUCUGCUGGAAAUGAGAGGGUGGCCUCAGGGCGAGGGACAAAUCUCUACUUCAGAGUUGCUAACAAGCAAUGUUCAGACUGAGGCUGUUGUGACAGACGGAGAGGUCGGGGAGCAACAGACAACAGACAUGAAGCCAGUAUCUCAGGAAGAGUCAGGACAGAGUCAGCUGCAGCAGGGGGAGCUGUGUCACCUCCUACACCUGCUGAAAUCCACUGACACACUGUCAGAGGAAGAGCUGGACAGCCUGUCCAUUCUUAUGUCCGACUUCCAGGCCUCCUUGUCCAGUAUCCAGCCCUCAGCCAAGAGAGAGGGCUUCGCCACUGUGCCUGACGUCACCUGGGAGAAUGUGGGGGCACUGCAUGAUAUCAGAGAGGAGCUCACCAUGGCCAUACUGGCUCCUGUGCGUUCUCCGGAACAAUUCAAAGCGCUGGGUCUCAGUGCUCCAUCUGGAGUUUUGCUGGCUGGACCUCCGGGAUGUGGAAAAACACUGCUUGCCAAGGCAGUGGCCAAUGAGUCAGGCCUCAACUUCAUCUCUGUCAAGGGACCAGAACUGCUCAAUAUGUAUGUUGGAGAGAGUGAACGAGCAGUCAGACAGGUCUUCCAGAGAGGACGCAACUCUGCUCCAUGCGUCAUCUUUUUUGACGAGAUUGAUGCUCUGUGUCCUCGUCGCUCAGGGCAUGAGUCAGGAGCCAGUGUGCGGGUGGUCAACCAGCUACUUACAGAGAUGGAUGGCUUAGAGACUCGACGACAGGUCUUCAUCAUGGCUGCUACAAACAGACCAGAUAUCAUUGACCCUGCCAUUCUGAGGCCAGGUCGCCUAGAUAAAACUCUGUAUGUGGGCCUGCCGCCUGCAAAAGAUCGCCAUGAAAUCCUGCUCACUAUUACUAAGGGGGGGACCAAACCUCAACUGGAGCAAGAUGUCAGUCUUGAAGAGAUCGCCUUUGAUGAGCGCUGUGAUUGCUUAACUGGGGCUGACCUGACUGCAUUAGUGAGAGAAGCAUCUGUUAAUGCCCUGAGGGCCUACCUCAAGUCCCAGAAUCCUCCAGCUUCCUCCUCUGGUCCCAGAUGCUCCGCUGGGUCAGUUGCUCACAUCAGAGUCAGUAAACAGAACUUUGAGGAUGCCUUCAAGAAAGUUAGACCAUCAGUGUCCAAAAAGGAUCAACGGACGUAUGAGCUGCUCAGAGAGUCCCUCAGCAGAUAACUGCAGCUGACUUCACCAGCAGUUCCCCUUUUACUUGUCCACAUUCAGUUAAAAGUCGUAUACACAUUUUAUUAUGGUUGAAUACUGCAUCCUGUGUUCUGGAGAAAACGACAACAAAUAAAUGUUUUCUUAUUCUUCCAAUUUCUUAUCACAUGAUAUCAGCUCCUGUAGUGCUAUCAGACUGCCUGACUCAUCCUAAGCUCACUCACUGAUUGUUCACCUGCUGUAGUGUAAAUACACACUGCAUUUUAUUGCACUUCUGUUAUCAGACACACGCUUGUCAUUAUUAUUCUGCUUGUAUUCCAUGGCUCAGCAGUAGACAAUGUAACCUAUCAAUCUUUAUAAAGCUGGUUAGCUGCUGUUAGAACCAUAAUGAAAGAGAAUUUUUUUUUCGAUCCACACAACCUCCAUGUUAUUACUCUAGUCCAGUGGUUUUCAAUAGGUGAGGCGCGCCUCCCCUGGGGGGCGCCAAAGAGCCAAAGGGGAGGCGCGACACGAGACACUCGCAAAAACAAAAUACACAUCUGUAUGCAGCUCUAGUGAUAUCUAUAAUUGUGCGUGCGUGUAUUAGUUUUAAAAUGCAUCGUUUCCCUGUCCCAAGUCAACAGGAGUCAGCAUUAAGGGAGGAGACAGGACCCAGCAAAAAACGUAGGAAAAAUGAUCUUGAAUGCGUUUCUGGUUGUCUGUGGAGAGCGAGUUCCCCCAGAUCUCCAAUAGGGCUAUGGAAGUCUUAAUCCCCUUUACCUCCACGUACUUGUGUGUGUGUGGGUUUUCCACACUGACCGUGAUUAAAAACAAAUACAGAUCAAGGCUGCAGGUGGAGGACGACUUGUGUAUAUUUCUCUCUGCACUGCAGCCCCGCAUCGAACACCUCUGUGCAUCAAAAGCGAGGCCUCAUUGUUCCCACUGAUAUGGACGAUUCAAUUGAAAGUCAAUGUUGUGUUGUCUUGAAUCCAUGAAUUGGGUGGGCCAUAGGGUUGAUGCCGCUCGUAGCGCAAAUUAUGUGAAUUUGACGCAUUUUGUUUGUUGUUUAAAUUUGAGGUUGUACGUGGCUGAAAUCGUUAACAAAUUUCAUGAAAAUAUGUGAAUCUGUUCGAUCUGAUAAUAUGCCGUUGUCGUUCAUUGAUCAGAGAGUUGUCCAUUGUGCAGAUUCUUUUCGAGACGAUGUGCAUCUCCUUCAAAUGUGCGCUUAAAGCCCGGUCACACAGCACCGAUCAGCCGUCGGAUGUCGUUGGUUGUAGCUUUGGCGCCGAUUACACAUGUUAAGCAUGUUUUGUUGACUUGUGGAUAGGCCUAAUUUUAAAAGUAGCCUCAAUUAGGCCUGCAUGAAGUUGGAAAUGAUUUGCUGUUGCAAAGAAUCGUUUAUGAAUGCACUUUUAAAAAAGUUGUGGAAAUAAAAUGUCUUCAACAUUA